UGACCGCCUUGUUAAAGCUGCUGAGUAUAAAAAGAUUUUGACAAGGACAGGGGCAUAAGAUAGUGACCCUUCCCCUGCUCUGUGCCCAAGACUGCGGAACCUUUUAGAAGCCGGGAGUGGGAACCGCAGACAUGGUCAAGAUAGAGCUUGCACCUUUGAAUAUCCCAUUCAACCGACAUUUACAGACAGCUAUAGUUCUUCAAUGGGUCUUCUGCUUUCUCUUUGGAGCGCAGUAUUGUUUUUGUGUGUACAUUGUGAUUGUGUUGAAUGGAUACUGGCACGUGGCUGCACUGUAUGCCAUGUGGCUCUACCUGGACUGGGACACACCUCAGGCUGGGGGCCGCAGGUCUGACUGGGUACGCCACUGGACCGUGUGGAAACACUUUGGAGACUAUUUCCCCAUCCAUCUGAUUAAGACAUGUGACCUAGACCCAGAAAGGAACUACCUGAUGGGGUUCCAUCCUCACGGAAUCCUGGUAGCCGGAGCAGAAUACACAGGUUUCCAAGAGCUCUAUCCAGGAAUGACUCCUUAUCUGCAUACCCUCAGCAUCUGGUUCGGCUUCCCAUUCUUCCGGGAGUACCUUAUGUCCUCAGGGGUUGUUUCUUGUUCCAAGAAGAGUCUUACCCAUGUGUUGAGCCAGAAGGGAGGGGGCAACGUGUCAAUCACAGUGAUUGGCGGGACAGCAGAGUCCCUGGAGGCCAGGCCUGGGAGCCUCAUCCUAGAGGCCCUCAACAGGAAGGGCUUUGUCAAGAUUGCUCUCAGGUGUGGGGCUCAUCUGGUGCCAGUGUUCUCCUUUGGGGAGAAUGAUCUGUUUAAUCAGCUGAAGAACCCAAAGGGCUCCCUUGUCCGUACCAUCCAGGAGGGCAUGAGGAAGACCCUGGGCUUCAGCCUGCCUCUGUUCCACGCCCGGGGGGUCUUCCAGUACAGCUUGGGCUUCAUGCCCUUCAGACAACCCAUCUACACCAUUGUGGGAGAGCCCAUAGUGGUGGAGAAGAACGUGAGCCCCUCAUCAGCUGAGGUAGACAGGCUGCAUGGCUGUUACCUGGAGGCGCUGGCUAAGCUGUUUGAGCAGCACAAGGCUGAGUACAGGAUCCUAGAGCACCAGCACCUCAUCUUCACCUGACCAGACCAAAUUAAGUCAGAUAGCACUACACUGUAGGAUUGGACCAUUCAACCAGCUCCUGACCAAUACACACCGAUACAGACUUUCAAACAAACAUAGUGCAAACAUACACAAAAGCACACAUGGGAAAUGGACACGUGCAUGCUUGCACACAUGUACAGUGAACACCCAUAUACACAAUCAAACGGCCAUCGCUCUCUUAUACAGUCACCAUAGGCCCAGAGUAGGUCAGCUUAGUUGAGCGUUGGAAAUCCCGCUCAUUGCGCACCGCUCUGGUGCUCCAUCUCCUUUCCACCCGCUCUCUAAAAACCCUUUCACGUUCAUUAAAAUCACAAUUUAACCAACACCCAUCUAUUUUUGUGACUACCUAGACCUACCAUUUGGUUUUGAAGUAUUGAAACCAAACCACAUGACUUGAAUGAAAAGUAUUUGAAUGAAAAGGUGAAUAUAAGAAUCAUUUCAAAUAGGCUACAUGUCAUGUUAAACAACAUAUAAACACUCUAAAUAGGUCAGGAGCCAGACAGGGAGUCUAAGAAGGAACGAAAAUGUAUUAUUUAGGCUAUUUUAUUUCAAUUAUUUCAACGCUAUAGGGUACAAAGAAAUACAUUGUGAAGCAUUUGCGAGUGCAACACACAAGGCUAGGAGGGAGUCAGGGACAUUACCAAGUGCUCAGCAUUUAAAAAACAUUUUGUUUUAUUAAAUCAUUAGUCUAUAGUCUAUAGUCUUUAGUCUAUAAAUUGGGCAUAACUGAUUUUACAGCAUCGACAAGAACCAAAUGAAAACAAUAUGCAUGCCAGUGCACAUAAAAUGCAAAUCUUGCACUGUUUUUAAUCCAUGCAGACACACCAGAAUGCUUUCCGCUCAUGACAGAUGCACCAUCAUAGCCUUGCCCCACAAGAUUAUUUCUGUAGUCCAGACCAUGUUUUUCAAGGCAAUCAAUUAUCAUUUUUGUGAGACCUGCUGCAUAUAAGCUUUCAGCUGACUGAAAGUGUAAAAAGCUUUCGUGGACGGCCCCGUUGUAACCUCACAACUGAAGACAUUUGUUAUCUUUUCUUUAAAUAUUUUGUUUAAUCUGCAAUUACACUAAAAACUUCACUUUCUUUUACUUCUCUUAUUAUUUGACUUUGUACCUGUCACGCCCUG